AUGGAACACUAUUUUUGUGUAGUAGUUAGUACACCUUUACUCCGAUGGAAUCCACUCGGUAUCACUAUAGCCGGCACGGUAGGUAUACCAGGUGCAACUGCCAAUCAGUUGAACACUCCGGUUGGCUUAUUCGUGGAUCCAUUCAAUACACUCUAUGUUGCCGAUUGGCUUAACCACCGCGUUCAAGCAUGGAGGAUGGGUGCGUCGAACGGUUCGACUGUAGCAGGACGAGCAAAUGGAACAGGAGGCAUGUCUUUGUCUGAACUGCAAAAUCCUGGCGAUGUUGCUCUCGACUCAAACAAUAACAUUUAUGUUACUGAUGUAUCGAACCAAAGAGUUCAGUUCUGGACUAACGGUGCAUCUUCGGGUAUCGCAGUUGCUGGCAUUACAGGUAAGAAAUCUUGA